AUGUCGGAAGCUGCGUUGAAGCCGGAGAAGGACUUCUCCAAGGAAGCCGCCAAGCAGAUUGCUGAGUGCACGGAGCUUGCAAAGACCGACAUCCACGCUGCGGUUGAAAAACUGGGCCUGCUGGAGAAACAGACUCGCCAGGCAUCGGAUCUGGCUUCUACGGCAAACAUAUUGGUUGCCAUCGUUACGAUUUGCAAGGAUGCCGGCGACUGGAGCUUUCUCAACGACCAGGUCCUGAUUCUGUCGAAGAAGCAUGGCCAGCUCAAGCAGGCCAUCACACGGAUGGUGCAGACCGUGAUGGGCUUUCUCGAAGAUACACCAAACCCGGCCACGAAGCUGUCUGUGAUCGAGAUACUGCGGACGGUGACGGAGGGAAAGAUCUUUGUGGAAGUUGAGCGCGCUCGCGUGACCAAGAUCUUGUCGGACAUCAAGAAGAAGCAGGGCGACUUGAAAGCGGCAACAGACGUGCUGUGUGAGCUGCAGGUCGAGACGUUUGGGUCGAUGAGCCGCAGAGAGAAGACAGAGUUUAUUUUGGCGCAAGUCGGUCUGUGCAUCGAAAUUGAAGACUGGACGCAAGCGGCAAUCCUCAGUCGGAAGAUCAGCACAAAGUACUUGUCCAGGAAACCGAAGAAGACGGCCGAACAGCUGGAAAAAGAGAAGAAGGAGCGAGAGAAGAAGAUCGAGCGGGGCGACGAGGUGGAGGAGGAGAAGGAAGAUGAUGUGACAGACCUGAAGCUGCGUUACUACGAGCAGCAGGUCAUCCUGGCCAAGCACGAGGACAAGUACCUCGAUGUCUGCAAGCACUUCAGACAGGUUUUGGACACGGAGGCGGUUGAGACGGACCCCGCAAAGCUCCACGCGGUAUUGCAACGCAUCAUUUACUUUGUCAUUCUCGCCCCGUACGACAACGAGCAAAACGACCUGCUGGAGAGAAUCGCCAGGGAUGCGCGAAACAGCCAGAUCCCAAAGGACGCCGAACUGCUCAAGUUGUUUACGGUACAGGAGCUGAUGCGGUGGCCGGAGGUGGCCAAGGUGUUUGGACCGUAUCUUACGGAGACGGACGUGUUCGAUGCAGCCGAGGGCGACUCAGACGACUCGAAGGCGUUCAAGCGCUGGCAGGAUCUGCGCAAGCGGGUCAUUGAGCACAACGUCCGCGUGGUGUCCAAGUACUACACGCGCAUACGGAUGGGCCGGCUGACCCAGCUGCUGGACCUGACGGAGGACGAGACGGAGAAGUACAUCAGCGACCUGGUGACGUCCAAGACGAUCUACGCCAAGAUCGAUCGGCCGGCUCGCAUUGUGAGCUUUGCCAAGCCAAGAGAUGCAGACGACAUCCUUAAUGACUGGAGCUACGACAUGAAGAGCCUGCUGGGUCUGUUGGAGAGAAUCGACCACCUCAUCACUAAGGAAGAGAUGAUGGCGCGUAUCCAGACAGGGGCAUCUGGGAAGGCAGAGAAGAAAAAGGCGGCUGUGGUGAAAUAG